AUGCCGCCCGCGACGGCGACCCCCUCGGUCUCCCUCCGGGAGCUGGCCGACCUCGCCAUCGGCACCCCGGAGGUGGGCGCCGUCAACUUCACGGCCCUGCACACGCUCCUUGUGGCCAUGCUCAAGAGCCUCAACCUGCAGGAUACGCGGAUCGACUUCCAGUCUCCGAUGCUCGACCAGAGUCGCUCCUUUGAGUCCGCGCGGGUGUCGACCAGCACCCCGCAGCUGCCUGGGCCCAAAGAGAGGCGAAGGAGCAGCGUGGCCAGGGCGCAGACGCUGGAGACCCAGGUGAAGGACCUGGGUGGCCAGGUCCAGGACCUCGGCCGGCAGCUCAAGACCAUGGGGAGCCAGGUGCAGGCCAUCGUGGCGCACGUGCAGCACUUCCCCACCCAGACUGGCGGGCUGGAAGACCGCGACUGGCUGGAAACGAAGGAUUUGGCCUUGCUGACGCAGGAGAAGGGGCAGACAGGGCCAACGAAAGGCAGGAGGGACAGCAAGCCGGUCUUCCAGGGCCCCGAGCUGCUCCAGGACCUCAUGGAAGACAUGAAGAUUUUGAAGGAAGCCCAUCAAAAGAAGGAGCAGCCUGAGUUGCAGCCCGAGAAACUCCUUCAACGAAUUGAAGAACUGGAGAGGAUAAUUAGAGAAAGGGGCGAAUUCCUGGAAUUAUUAAACCGGAAGCUGAGUGGGAUGCCGUCUGCAGAAGAGGCCACCAUGGUCACCUGGGAAGAGCUGGAGCAGGCGAUUACUGAUGGCUGGAAGGGCUCACAAACGAUCUCAGAGUCAUCAACAGGACUUCAGCGGCGCAAAAGACAGGGUUCCAUAACAUCAAAUGACCUCACUGCAAGUGGAGUCUCCACCGCGCAUCCAAGUGUUGACCAGGCUAUAGACUCUGCUGGUUUUAUCACAGACAAGACAUUUUCAGGAACCAGCGGCAUAGGAUACCCCUUUGAUGGGCCUCCUGGCAGGGAACGAAGCAGAGUUUCCUCUGCUACUGGGUUUCCGGGUAGAGAACAGCACUCAAGAGCCCGUGAUGAAGCUGGCCUGGCCAGACCCCAUCCGCCAUCUAUGUCCCAGUUGAGGGCAGAGUCAGACCGCCGCCGGUCUAGAGAGCAGCACAACUUAGGUCAUCUACGCAGAGAUGAACGGGAUGCACACCUUGGCCCAGUGUUUCAGGAUGUGUCCUUGCCCAGAGAUCGACACCCUCAGGUGUCCCCAGAUCAGCACAGGGGAGUGUUCACUAGCCCAGGCCACCUCUAUGCAAGGCCCGAUCAAUAUGGACUUGGAUCAUUUGACUCGGAUCAGUUUGAAUUGCUGUAUCCCAGCACUUCUGGGCCUGGCAUGGUACCCUUCAGUGUGGACCAGGUUGGAGUGAUGCUGCCUGGGAUGGAUGAGCAGGAACUGGUACUUGCUGGCCUGGCUCAGGGUGCUGCGGUGCCACCAUUGGCACCUGGCAGAGAUCAGCCAGGGUCCGAACAGCCUAGUACAGAUCAGCCUGGUAUGGUUCCACUUAGCACAUAUCAGCUUCCUGGAAUGGAUGAGAGUGGUAUGGGACCACUUGGCACAUAUCAGUCUGGACUGGUACCUCUUGGUGUAGAUCAGCAUGGAUUUGUAAUAUAUCCCAUGGAUCAGCAAGUUUUUGUACAGCCCAGUUUGGGAACAUCUGGCUUCAUACAACCUGGCAUAGAGCAGCAUGAGAUGAUCCAGCCCGGCGCAGGUCAGGCUGGUGUGGUCCAGCCCGGCGCGGGUCAGCCUGGUGUGGUGCAGCCCGGCGCGGGUCAGCCUGGUGUGGUGCAGCCCGGCGCGGGUCAGCCUGGUGUGGGGCAGCCCGGCGCGGGUCAGCCUGGUGUGGGGCAGCCCGGCGCGGGUCAGCCUGGUGUGGGGCAGCCCGGCGCGGGUCAGCCUGGUGUGGUCCAGCCCGGCGCGGGUCAGCCUGGAGUGGUCCAGCCCGGCGCGGGUCAGCCUGGUGUGGUCCAGCCCGGCGCGGGUCAGCCUGGUGUGGUGCAGCCCGGCGCGGGUCAGCCUGGUGUGGGGCAGCCCGGCGCGGGUCAGCCUGGUGUGGUCCAGCCCGGCGCGGGUCAGCCUGGUGUGGUCCAGCCCGGCGCGGGUCAGCCUGGUGUGGUGCAGCCCGGCGCGGGUCAGCCUGGUGUGGUGCAGCCCGGCGCGGGUCAGGCUGGAGUGGUCCAGCCCGGCGCGGGUCAGGCUGGUGUGGUCCAGCCCGGCGCGGGUCAGCCUCGAGGUUUAGUGCCACCUAGAAUGUAUCAGCGAGGUUUGGUGCAGCCUGGUGCGGGUCAGCCUGGUAUGGUGCAACCUGAUAUAGGUCAGCCUGAUUUGGUGCAGUCUGGUGCAGGCCAAGCUGGUGUGAUCCAAGCUGGUGCAGGCCAAGCUGGUGUGAUCGAACCUGGUGCAGGCCAGGCUGGUGUGAUCCAGCCCGGUGCAGGCCAGGUUGGUGUGAUCCAGCCCGGUGCAGGCCAGGUUGGUGUGAUCCAGCCUGAUGCAGGUCAGGUUGGUGUGAUCCAGCCUGAUGCAGGUCAGCCUGGUGUGGUGCAGCCUGGUGCAGGUCAAGCUGGUGUGAUCCAAGCCGGUGUAGGCCAAGCUGGUGUGAUCCAGCCCGGUGCAGGUCAGGUUGGUGUGAUCCAGCCCGGUGCAGGCCAGGCUGGUGUGAUCCAGCCCGGUGCAGGCCAGGCUGGUGUGAUCCAGCCUGGUGCAGGCCAGGCUGGUGUGGUGCAGCCUGGUGCAGGCCAGCCUGGGUUGGUGCAACCUCAAGUGGAUCAGUAUGGUUUAGUACAGUCUGAUAGAGGUCGACAUGGCUUUUUCCAACCUAAUAUAUCUAUGCCUGGCUUGGUCCCACCUGGGGUAUAUCCUCCUGGUCUGGUCCAGACUGGUGCCUAUCCACGUGGCUUCGUGCAGCCUGGUGCUGAUCAGCAGGGUUUGGUUCAGCCUGUAAUAGAUCCGCGUUGGGGGAGGCAGCCUGGCACAGGUCGAAGCAUAAUACCGCCAGGCACAGAGCUUCUCGGGUUUCCAACACACCGUGCCGAUUCUCGAAGUUUGACAUCACCACGCCCAUACCAGCAAGGUGUGGCACCUCCUGGCAGGGAUCAGUAUGGUCGGGUGUCAUCACUCCUAGCCAGUCAAGGUCUGACGCCAUCAGGUAUAGACCGAGAAGUUUUGUUACGAGAAAUGUAUCGACAAGGUUUGCUGCAGCGUGGCCCAGCACCAUUAAGCACAGCUGUAGGAUCUGCACCCCAGGAUCAACAGCAUUUGGAAACACCUGAACCAGAGCAGCGUGACCAGGCUGUUCCCAACUCUAUCGCAGACUCCCAGGGCCUAAUGUAUGGUGGCCCAGGGUAUCAAGGUGUAGAUCAGCAAGUCCAGGUAGGUGUGGGUCCAAAAGAACUAUAUAACUUACGCCAACCCGGAGUUUCUGUUCAGACUUCCCCAAGCCAAGAGGCCCUCUUUCCCAGGAGCACACACUCCCUUGACUAUCUGAACCGAGGCUCAUCCGAAAGGAGUGAUACUCAGAGUGAGAGACAUGAAUCACUGGAUAAAUUGACUCCUAGCUUCCCCAUAGCAGUGGAAACAUUUCGUAUGAUGGGAGAGAUUAUCGCCCUCUACACGGAGCUUAAGGAGAACAUAAAGGACCUGGAUGAGGAACAGGCUGGCCAAACGGACUUGGAGAAGAUCCAGUAUCUGCUGGCACUGAUGGUCAAGAAGUCCAUACCCCCUGACCUGCAGGAACAGCUGAAGACCUUAAAGGCCUUGACCAAAGAAAUUCGACAAGAAAAAGCAAAAAUGGAGAAGAUGAGCAAGAUCCUGGAGGGUCAUGGGGAGAAAGAAAUAGGAAAGGAGGAGAAAGGUAGCCCGCUGAACCUGCAGCUGGGUAUCCUCAGAGUCACCAUGGCCGACAUCGAGAAGGAGCUGGGCGAGCUGAGGGAGAGGCAGGAGAAGGGCAAGGUCAGCAUGGAACAGUCAGUCUCCGAAGCCUCCGUUUACCUGCAGGAUCAGUUAGACAAGCUCAGGACGAUCAUUGAGAACAUGCUGGCCUCGUCCUCCACGCUGCUGUCCAUGAGCUUGAACAUGACCCCGCACAAGACCCUGACCACCCUGGCCCCCAGCCAGAUCGACCCCGCGGCCACCUGCCCGGCCUGCAGCCUGGACCUGAGCCACCAGGUCAGCAUGCUGGUGCAGCGCUACGAGCAGCUCCAGAACAUGGUCAACAACCUGGCUGCCUCCCGGCCCUCCAGGAAGGCCAAACUGCAGAGCCAGGAUGAAGAGCUGCUGGGCCACGUCCAGAGCGCCAUCCUGCAGGUGCAGGGCGACUGCGAGAAACUCAACAUCACUACCAGCAACCUCAUCGAAGACCACCGGCAGAAGCAGAAGGACAUUGACGUGUUGUACCAGGGUCUGGAGAAGCUGGAGAGGGAGAAGGCCAACAGGGAACACCUGGAGAUGGAAAUUGACGUGAAAGCCGACAAGAGUGCCCUGGCAGCCAAAGUGAGCCGCGUCCAGUUUGACGCCACCACGGAGCAGCUGAACCACAUGAUGCAGGAGCUGGUGGCCAAGAUGACGGGGCAGGAGCAGGACUGGCAGAAGAUGCUGGACAAGCUCCUGGUGGAGAUGGACAACAAGCUGGACCGCCUGGAGCUGGACCCGGUGAAGCAGUCACUGGAGGAUCGGUGGAAAUCCUUGCGACAGCAGCUCAAAGAGCGCUCUCCACUCUACCAGGCGGACGAGGCAGCUGCCAUGCGGAGGCAGCUCUUGGCACACUUCCACUGCCUCUCAUGUGACCGUCCCCUGGAGACACCUGUGACUGGACAAGUCAUCCCCGUGACUCCCGUGGGCCCCUGCCUGCCCGGGCACCGCUCCGUCCGCCCCUACACGGUCUUUGAACUGGAGCAGGUUCGGCAGCAGAGCCGCAACCUGAAGCUGGGCAGCAGCGGCUUCCCGCGGGGGGACCUGGGGCCGGUGGAGCGGAGCGUGGGGCGCCUGCGUACCAUGCACUCCAAGAUGCUCCUGGACAUCGAGAAGGUGCAGAUCCACUUCGGGGGCUCCGUCAAGGCCAGCAGCCAGAUGAUCCACGAGCUGCUGCAGGCCCAGUGCCUCAGCUCCCCCUGCUAUAGACGGCUGCCAGACAUGGCUGAUUACAGCUACUCCUCGGCGACCCGGCCCUGCGGGGGCAGCCACACCCUCACCUACCCCUACCGGCGAAUCCGCCUGCAGCACCUUUCCCAGGGCAUGUACCCCACCGAGGAGAUCCAGAUCGCCAUGAAGCACGACGAGGUGGACAUCUUGGGCCUGGACGGACAUAUUUACAAGGGCCGGAUGGAAACACGGCUGCCAGACCUCCUGAACAAAGACAAUGCGGGGAUGAAGAACAAGACCAAGCAGCCCCGGCCCCACGGGCAUCGGCAGCAGUCCCUCAGCGACGGCGGCCAGCUGCCCUCGCGGCCUCAGAGUGCCCAGACGCUGGCUGCCAACGACUCAGCUCCUUCCCGUCAUCGCAAAGACAGACCUGUCUCCACCGAGGGCCGCCUCUCCCAGCCGAACCCAGCCCACCUGCCCGGCGAGACGGCGAACCUGCCAGGGGGGCUGGACGUGCACAGGGAUAUGCCCCCUGGGGAGGGGCUCGAGGAGCCCACCCGGGGGCCACGGUCCACCUCCGCUCACUGACCAGGGCUAUAAAUAAAC